CCGCCGGGAAGUUGGGAGCGCGGCGUGCGGCGGCGCGCGCGCGCGCACGCGGGUCCGGGCUGCGAGCAGCCGCGGCCGCCCCGGUUGCCUCCCUUAGCCCGGUGUGCUCGGGACUCGGCGCCUCAGGAGGGAGCGGCCAGUGGGCUAGCAUCUUGUCGGUGGGGUUCUGAGGCCAGGCUGCCGCGGCCACCUCUUUCUGGUGCCUGAGCCUCCCGGAGGGGCCGGGGCCGGGUCACGGCGGGCUGACUGGUCCCGGGGAGCUGAGACUGCUGGACCCGAAGGCGGAGGUGCACGUCCGGCGGUCGCCUGGCGCCGGGAGGAGGCUGAGGGGACCAUGUCUGGGAGGAACUUCCACCUCUCCACCACCGAACGCGUCAUCAAAGCUGUCCCCUUUCCUCCAACCCAACGGCUUACUUUGAAGGAAGUAUUUGAGAAUGGGAAACCUAAAAUUGAUGUCUUAAGAAACCAUUUGGUGAAGGAAGGGCGACUGGAAGAGGAAGUAGCCUUAAAGAUAAUCAAUGAUGGGGCUGCUAUCCUGAGACAAGAGAAGACUAUGAUAGAACUAGAUUCUCCAAUCACAGUGUGUGGUGACAUUCAUGGACAAUUCUUUGACUUGAUGAAGUUGUUCGAAGUUGGAGGAUCACCUACUAACACACGCUACCUCUUUCUGGGUGACUAUGUGGACAGAGGCUAUUUCAGUAUAGAGUGUGUGCUGUUUUUGUGGAGUUUAAAGAUUAAUCAUCCCAAAACAGUGUUUCUGCUUCGAGGAAAUCAUGAGUGCAGGCAUCUUACAGAAUAUUUCACCUUCAAACAGGAAUGUCGAAUCAAAUAUUCUGAACAGGUGUAUGAUGCGUGUAUGGAGACAUUUGACUGUCUUCCACUUGCUGCCCUCUUAAACCAGCAGUUUCUGUGUGUACAUGGAGGGAUGUCACCUGAAAUUACUAGUUUAGAUGACAUUAGGAAAUUAGACAGGUUUAAAGAACCUCCAGCCUUUGGGCCAGUGUGUGACCUGCUUUGGUCUGAUCCCUCAGAGGAUUAUGGCAGUGAAAAGACCUUGGAGCACUAUACCCACAACACUGUCCGAGGGUGCUCUUAUUUUUACAGUUACCCUGCAGUUUGUGAAUUUUUGCAGAACAAUAAUUUGUUAUCAAUAAUCAGAGCCCAUGAAGCCCAAGAUGCUGGGUAUCGAAUGUACAGGAAGAGCCAAACAACAGGCUUUCCAUCACUCAUUACAAUUUUCUCUGCCCCCAAUUACCUAGAUGUCUAUAACAAUAAAGCUGCUGUGUUAAAAUAUGAAAACAAUGUCAUGAAUAUCAGGCAGUUUAACUGUUCUCCACACCCCUACUGGCUUCCAAACUUUAUGGAUGUUUUCACGUGGUCUUUGCCUUUUGUUGGGGAAAAAGUCACAGAGAUGCUGGUUAACGUUCUCAACAUAUGCUCUGAUGAUGAAUUGAUUUCCGAAGAUGAAAUUGAAGGAGGCACUACAGUUCGAAAGGAGAUCAUCAAGAAUAAAAUCAGAGCCAUUGGGAAGAUGGCACGGGUCUUUUCAAUUCUGCGGGAAGAGAGUGAGAGUGUGCUGACUCUCAAGGGCCUGACGCCUACAGGGACACUCCCUCUAGGUGUCCUCUCAGGAGGAAAGCAGACUAUUGAGACAGCCACAGUAGAAGCGGUAGAGGCCCGGGAAGCCAUCAGAGGGUUUUCGCUUCAGCACAGGAUCCGGAGUUUUGAAGAAGCCCGAGGACUGGACCGAAUUAACGAACGGAUGCCACCUCGAAAAGACAGCCAGUACCCUGACGGGCCAGUGAGACUGCCGGCACAGCCCAGCGCUGCGCACAGGAGCGACAGGGGGAGAAGAGCCAACAAUGACACAGAGCCCUGCUGUGGCACAGGUGGAUCGAAAACUUAAGAACAAAUUUUAUUUAUUAUUGGAAAACAAAACAAAAACAACUUUAACAACUUAAACCUGGAGGUGCAUUCAUAUACACUUUGCAUUUAUGCUGUAAGAAAGGUGACCAUUUUAUAAAUUGUUUUUAAUUUAUGUUUAAUAUAUAUAAAAAGUGCAUCUGUUUUGUUUUUCCCUUUUCUUCCUAAUUUUUAGGAACUGAUCUGAUUGUCUGAUACAUAUGUGAAGUCUUGUGCUACACAGGGGACCUUCCCCUAAUAAAAGGGCCUUGGAAACCUCCACACUGGGCUUCUGACUUGAACUAGCCAGGCUUUUCUCCUGUUCUUUUGGAAGGUGAUAGCUUUCAUUUCAGACUAAUAAUAGUUUUUCAAACAUAAGAGGGUUUUUUCUUUUCCCUUUCUACAGGGUACUGUUGAAGAAGAUGGCCUGGAUUUCACUGGCUAAAACUACUCUUCUUAUGGAAAACUUGAUUAUAGGCAAACUUCUCAGUGAAUAACCCAAACCCAGUGAUUUUGAGGGCCAAGGAGAAUGUUUUCCAUAUAACCUACUUUCUUCUGGACUCUCAAUUCCUUUUAAUAUGUUCUAGUAAGACAAAAUAAAAAGCAAUGAGAGAUUU